AUGUCGGUCGCUUCUUCGCCGCGGUGGCUUGGGUUGUCGCAAGAGACCGACCGCCAGUCUGGGGAAGGUGUGACCCGACGGUCUGAGUCGCGACCUCCCGAUUUCCGCGAAAUUCCCCAGUAUGCUCCAGGCAUUGCUACCAUGCAGACCGACAAGAGAGAGGUGGUCGUCGAGACGCAGAUCCACUCGCCAGCGACCAUCUCCCCCAGCUCCUCUCCGAGGUGA